CAAGUGCGUCUUGUACGCUAUUCCUGGUCAUCUUCAAAUUCGUGUCUCAGAUCCGACUUGCUCCUGGCUUUAGAUCGUUGCAGGAUUCCCUCUGGGUUGGUGUUGUUCUACGCAUCGUGAACCUGAUGGUUUGGAUCUAGUGAGCCUUGGUUGCUCUACCCUGCCUCAAGAACGCUCUUCCACCCCUACGUGCCUGCUCGCCUAUUGCGAGGCUGUUCUCCGCGCCUGCGCCCAAGGAUCUGAAUCUGCGCAACACGUCUCCGAUCCCUGCCACUCCGGCAGCGAAGUCUCCUCCUCUUUGAGCCUAUACCGACCAGGCUCCUGCGAUCAUGGCAACCGAGACAGCGCCUGCGCCUGCGACCAGGCCGAAAGGGAUCGGCUUUGCCGAAUCAUUCUGGUCCCCGGAUUAUGCUGGCGGACUAGGGGUGCUUUUUCAGAAACUACAACAGGGCGUGGUAGAAAAUCAGCAAAUCCUUACAAUCGCAAGUAUGAGGGCAGAUGCAGAAGAAUUGUACAGCGAUCGAUUGGGAGAUAUAGCGCCCAGCAUCGAUCGAAUGACUGGUGGCUUCAUGAGGGAUGACGGCGCAAGUGUUCGCAAGGCCUACGAAGGAGUCCGGAGUGAAAUGGUCGAAGCGACUAAGAAUCACAAGAAGAUCGCCGACAAUAUCCGCGAACUGGUGGUCAAUCCAUUCUCGAGGUGGUGCGAUGCGCAUGCGACAAGGAUACAAAACUCACAAGACGACCUGCAAUCGAAGAUCAAAGCCCACGACAGACAAGCAGACGCAGCCAAGAAACUCCGAAGCCAGUACUUCAAUAAGUGCAGAUUGAUGGAAGAUCUGGAAGAGGAGAACAAGCUGGCAUUCCAGGAGAAGCCUAACGGAAGUCCCAAGCCACAAAGUCCGCCUCCACCUCGAAUAAUUCUUCCAGAAGAAGAGCUUGACGAAUUGCCCGUCGACCUAGGCGAGCAAACAUACAUGCCAGAACAGUUGAGGGCUCUCCUCAUGGACAUGCUUGAAAAGAUUCCGCUGAACGAGCACAAAGUACCCAUUCUAGGUACAUAUCAGAACGUGUCCGUUGGAACCGAUAUCGUUGACUACAUCCAACGGCACAUGAAGGCGUCGAGCGUAGGGUAUGCUGAGAGAAUCGGACAGGAUCUGAUAGACCGUGGGUUCUUGCGACUUAUUGGCAGUGUGGGCAACACAUUUGCCAACAGCUCGAGGAUGAAGUAUCAAUGGAAACCCCGAGUGUUCCAGAUAACGGGCGUGCCAGAGAAGAGGAAACCGAUGGGAAGAUCGUUUACGGGGACAUCUCAAGACGGGUCAAUUCUAGAAUCGCCCACAGUCGGCAAUAUCACGGAAACCCUACAAGCUUGGAAUCCAUUGAACAAUCCCCAUCCGAACGAGACACCCGCUGAACGCCUCAAACGUGAAGCAAAGGAAGCAGAUGAGAAAUACAAGGCCGCUGUUCGGAAACUUGAUCUGCUAAGAUGUAGCCUGGAGGAGUCGAUCAUGGAUCAUUUGAAGUUCUUGGAGCGAUGCGAAACCGACCGGUUGAAAGCCAUCAAAUCAGUGAUACUAGACUUUUCUGGCACCAUCAGCAACAGCAUCCCGUCUUUCCAAAGCCAGGUCGACCAUAUGAUGCUUUACCAGGAGACCAUACAACCUCUGGGAGAUUUGCGGUACUUCCUGGAGAACUACAGAACUGGAGCAUAUGUGCCCAAAGUUACACCAUAUGAAAACUACUACGGGAGUGUGGAUGACCAGACCUUCGGAGUCGAUCUAGAAGCGCGAGCCAGAGCUGACCGGAAGCGGGUGCCAAUCAUUGUCACUUCCAUAUUGACAUUUUUGGAUAGUCAUUACCCUGACCUGGAAGGCGAUGAGGCGAGAAGAAACGUCUGGCUUGUUGAUGUUCCACUGGCAGCAACGCAUCACCUAAGGAACCAGAUCAACAACGGGGCUCCAGUCCCUCGGGAAGUGCUCGAGAAGUAUGAGAUACCAAUUGUUGCAAGUGUGCUGAAGCUCUAUCUGCUCGAGCUACCUGACUCUCUGGUAUCUAACCAAGUGUAUGAGAUCAUCAAGACCAUAUAUGCAACGACUUCAGAUGCCGGCCCGAAUCCUAUUUCUACCGAUGCGAUGGAUGCCACACCUAGAGUCAAGGUAUUACAGUCAACCCUGGGACAACUCCGUCUCAACAACAUCGCCACGCUCGAUGCUCUCGCGACACAUUUUACGCGACUUAUUGACCUGACGUCGGCCGAUGAGGCAUACGUCGUGACGCUAGCUCAAUCGCUGGCGCCUUGUAUUCUUCGACCGCGGACAGAGAAUUCCCUCACUUUGGAGGAGCGACAUGCAUAUCGGCUGGUCAGAGAUCUAUUCGACCACAAGGAAGCCAUCUUUGGCGAGCUGAAGCGCCAGUCUUCAACUCUCGCGGGCAGCAACAGCAUGUCAAAUCGCCAUCGAGCCGUCAGCAACGCCGAUGAGAGUUCAAGACGUGCUAACAUGGAAGCAAGAGCUCGAGCCAUCACUGAGCAGAGGCAACGAGACAAGAGUCCUGGACCAGCAAAUCGACACAGACGCGAUAAGAGUACUGACGGAAGUGUCGGGCGGUUCCCUGUUAUCGCCAGCCCCCGCACAGCCGAUCACGGACGGAGCGUGAGCGGAGUUGGCAUGUCUGCCACUAAACGAGCAAGCUUGGAGGUGCCCGGUAGUGCCGAGAGCUCACCUAUCCAAGCUAGAAAUCAGUCUGCCGUCGACAGAAACUCGACGGUGAAUGCGGGAUCGACUACUAACGGUACCAACGGGCAGAUUGAGGCAUCCCCGGACAGUCUACAUAUGCCGGGCAUGUUCAGCGGUGGUGGACCGGGACCUCACAUACCUCCUCCGCUCGAUGAUGACAGCCAGGAGUCGGACUCGCCGGCGCCGGCUCCCAGUGAGCAAGAACAAGGUUCCAAGAUCGGCUCAUUGAAGAGAAGUGCUGCAGGGAGUGGUAGGAAACCGGUGGCUUCAGGAAGUGGGAGCCUGAGCAGAAGAUUGAACCACAACGCCGACGAGACGGACUCGCAUCCUAGCUCUCAGGGUGUGCAAUUGAUGGACAAGCCGAUGGAUGAUUUUUCAUGAACAGCGCAGCGAUUGGAGUUUGGGAUCUACACAGAUUUCGAGCCGGGCGAGACUUGACCCUUUCAUGAGAGGACUACCGUAGCAAGGCAAUGCCACUCGUGCACCGUCCUGAUCUAUCGUGUCUCUCAAGGCUUAUCAAUGCUCUAAAUCUGCUUUUAUGUUCUCUGGUGCCUCCGACGUUACCUAGCAGGUAUCCUCGGAUUUAGUGCCAAGAUAUCAGACGUUGUGAUUGGUCUGCGGCGGGAAGAAGGCUGAAGCUGC